UUUUAAGUUUGGCACUGCUAAUAAUCGAAACGAAAAAAUGCCUCGCCAGAGUGGAAAAGAUAAUUUAUUGAAUGCGUUAUGCUUUAAGAGUUUGAUGGACGUAAUAGUUCAAGAUUCGAGCAGUGAAGAUGAGGAUGAUGAUGUCCUCAUUGACUUCACUCUUACCUCAGCACUUGUGUUAUCAUCGCGAAGAAGUUGCCAUUUUAAUGUCCCAAAAUCCGUGCAAUGGCGAGAAAAUGUUCUUCCUAACUUCGAUGACAGCCGUAUGCGUCAAAUGCUGCGUGUUGAACCGAUCGAAUUCGAGCACAUUUUAACCUUAAUUAAAGAAGAUCCCGUCUUCAAGAAUAAAAAGUUGGUCCCGCAAUUGCCAGUUGAUUUGCAACUAAAGAUUACACUCUUCCGUCUGGGCUCCAGUGGAGACAAUGCAUCCCUCCGGAAGGUUGCAACUUUGUUUGGCGUUGGCGAUGCAGGAACGAUAAUAAAAGUCACACAACGAGUUGUUGCCUCUAUCGUAAACUUAAAAUCAAAGUUUUUAUUUUGGCCAUCUGCAAGAAUGCGAAAAAAAUUGUUGCAAAUACAAUGCUUGAGCUGCCGGGGUGCAUCGGCUACAUCGACGGCACCGAAAUCAAGUUGGCAGAAUCUCCUAUAAAGGACCACGAGUUCUACUUUUCUCGCAAAAAGCAGUAUUCGAUGAAAAUGCAAAUAGUGUGCGACUAUUCCCUAAAAAUUCGACAAGCGACCAUUGGCUACAGAGGAAGUGUCCAUGAUGCUAAAAUAUUUGCGGAGUCUUCUAUUGGACGAACGCCAGAAACUUUCUUUUGCGAAAGGCAAUGGAUAGCCGGAGACUCUGCGUAUCCCUUAACCCGAAAUGUUAUUACUCCUUUUCGACAAAAUAGCACCGAACUAACCCAAGAAAAAAGAGAAAAAUUUAACAAGUAUUUUUCGAAAUUCAGAGUGCGAGUGGAGAAUUGUUUUGGUAAGCUUAAGGAGAGGUUUAGUAGUUUAAAAGAGCUCCGGUUCCGGCUUACCGAUGAAAAAAAUUACAAAGCUUGCUGCAGAUGGAUAUUAGCCUGCUGCAUUUUGCAUAAUAUUUUACAAGAACUAAACUCAACAGAAGACGACUCUGAAGAAGAAUGUACCUACCCAGAAGAUGUGUAUAACUACAACGAUUUAAGAACUGCUUUAACCGAGUUGAUAAACAAUAAACACUAAACAAGUACAAAUAACGCAUUUUUAUUUGUAAAA